AUGGUUGGGGAGGAGCUGGAUGUAAUGUAUGUCGAUCUCCGAGCAUAUGCCAGACAGCGUUCAGUGCAGCUGGCGGGCCCAGUUCAGGAUCGGUCUCGGGUUUACGCCGCUCAACAAAUGAGUUGUGCAGUUAUCAAUCCGACACUUCAAGCUCUUUUUCCUCUGUCGGCCAAUCUUAACAUUCUCCGCACCCUUGAUCCAACCCUCUCUCCGAGCCCGAACGUGACAUCCUUCGGCACGGCCGGCUCGGCGUUCGCUCAGGUAUUCUACGACGGUGUUGAACAGUUUUAUUGCCAGGCCGGCGGCUGCAAGCAAACCGUAGGCAACGAUACGACCGAUUGGGCCUGUGAAUCCCUCAAGUGUAGGUGCAGACCAGGGACAGCUUUUUGCGGCGCCCAAAAAAAUACCGAUCUAAGCACAGUCCUCAAUUCUCUAUCUGGUUCUCUUACGGUUUCAUGCACAACAUCCAGCGCUUCUUGCGCAUUCAAGCAGUCAUUAUUGCAAGCUCUAUUCGGUUCUGGAGGCCUUGGCCUGUCCAACUGCGUUUUUGGUGAAUGUGUCCGGCAAUCGGUUGUUGAUUCAGCCCUGGGUAUCGCCCCAGAGGUUACCACCGCGGGAGGGGAAAGCCUCAGCGGGGGUGUGAUUGCGGGACUGGCCGUUAUCGGUGUCAUUGUCCUAGCUGUGGCGAUUCUCGUCGCCUGGGGAUGUUUACUCCAGCGUCGGGCUCGCGCGACUAGGAACGAGAAGCAAACCGCCUCGGGGAGAAGAGUGGGCGUCGAAUGGAAGAAUGUUUACUAUGUCGUUUAUCCUUCUGGAUCUGGGUCGUUCCUGCCUUUUGGAGGUCUCCGUCGCCGAAACGCUGUUCCCGUCGGAUCUACUUCAGUUGUCGAGUUGCAUGACCUCGAAGGUUCGGGUGGCGAAAAGCCGCUACCCAGCCUCCCUUCCUCUGCCAACCAUGUAAAGAGUAAAACUCUUCUUUCUGGUCUUUCUGGAUCCGUUCGUCCUGGACAAAUGCUCGCCAUUUUAGGUCCCUCUGGUGCUGGAAAAACCACCCUCAUUGGCAUCUUGGCUGGACGCAGCGGUGCAAUGGGCGGACGUGUUAGCGGAGACGUGGGCUUUACUAUAGAUGGUGGAGAAGGCAGAGUCAAGGUUGGAUUUGUCGACCAGACGGACGUUCUCCCGCCCAACCUAACCGUAACUGAAGCUCUGCUCUUUGCCGCCAAACUCAAACUUCCCGAAUCUACUCCACCUGCUGAAAAACUUGCCCGCGUUGAACAUGUUAUUCGUCAACUUGGUUUGUCUGAAGUCGCACACUCUCGUAUCGGCGGAAACACCGAGCGUGGUCUCAGUGGUGGCGAGCGCAGGCGUGUCAGUAUUGCAUUGGAGAUUGUAGCUGGUGUCGAGGUAUUGGUUUUGGAUGAGCCGACAAGUGGACUGGACUCGGUUUCGGCUGCGAAUGUUGCAAGAGUUUUGGCCGAACUUGCACACGAUCCUGAGAACCCCGUCGCUGUCAUUGCGAGCAUUCACCAACCUAGUUCCCGGCUGUACCACCAAUUCGACCAAAUCCUACUUCUUUCUCGGGGUGAACAAGUUUACUUUGGACCUGGUGGGACUGCACCAGUGCGGUCGCUUGAAAGCCGGGGUGCACGUGGCAUGGAAGAGGGGUACAACGUCGCCGAUUGGUUAUUGGAAGUUGCAAGUGAGGGCGUGCAGCCACCUUCGCGCGGUGGAUAUGAUACCUCGGUCGGUACUCGCGCAAGUGUCUAUGACCCCAAGGCACAGCCCAACUUCUAUGACCAAGAGCACGGCAUUACAAGUGAGAAGAAGUUGGACGGGAGUAUGCGUUACCGCGGCGGGGGCGGCAAAGUCAGUGUCGAGGAGGAUGGCGACCGGAGUACCAAGGAGGAGUCGAAUAUGGUUCGAGUCGUUCGUGGAAGAGGAGGCCAGAAGUACGCGGCCACGUUCUUGACCCAAGUACAGGUGUUGUGCGGGCGCGAAUGGAAAAAUCUCAAGAGGGACAAAACUCUGUUCUAUAUGCAUUUGGGCGUUGCUUGCAUUCUCGGUAUUUUUACUGGUGGUUUGUACUUUAAAGUCGGCGUAACGAUAUCCGGAUUCCAAAACCGAGUCGGUUCAUUGUUCUUCAUGGGGUCCCUGUUGGCAUUUUCCUCCUUAUCGGCCCUGUACAACCUCGUCGAGAUUAGGCCACUCUUCACCCGCGAGCGUGCGGGAGGAUAUUAUUCCCCAGCCGCAUGGCUGGUGUCGCGUGUGCUCUUUGACGUCUUGCCCCUGAGGAUCGCUCCAACGCUCGUAAUGACAUGCAUCACGUACUGGAUGGUCGGUCUUUCACCCGAGGCUGCGCGAUUCUUCAAGGCUUUAUUAGUAUUAGUUCUUUAUGCACUUGCAAUGACGCUCUUUUCUAGUGCAAUGGCUCCCGCUGCUAUGACUUCUGCCCCUGCUGCUGCCCCCUCGCCUGCCGCCAUCAAGGCCGCCGCCGCCGGCAACACCCAGUUUGACACUGCUGCCCUGUUUGGUGCUGCCAAGGCUGCUCGCGAGGAGGCUGCCUCAGCCCUCGCUGGCCAAGUCAAGGCCGAUGGCCCCGCCGUACUGUCUGGUGUUGGAUUCGUUCCCGCGGUCGUUGCUGCCCUCGGCGACAAAAAGUCACCUGCUGCACGAGCUGGCAAGUACCUCGAGCCCUUUGUCGUGGACUCUGCCGAGACCGGUGUCUUCAAUGCUCUCCUCGAGGCAUUUGCCGACAAGACUCCGGCCGUCCGCACCGCUGCUCUCGAUGCCACUCGCGAGCUCGUGCAGAUCAUGAAUCCCUGGGCUGCGGCGCUUAUUCUCCCCGCGCUCCUCCACCAGAUCAAGACCGCCGGCAAGUGGCAAGUCAAGACCGGCUCUCUUGCCGUCCUCAACCAGCUCAUCCAGAGCGCCCCUGACCAGAUGGCCAAGCUCUCCCCGGACAUCAUCCCCGUCCUUGCUGAGGCUAUCUGGGAUACCAAGGCCGACGUCAAGAAGGCCGCACGCGAGACCCUGACCAAGGCUACCGCACUCGUGUCGAACAAGGAUAUUGAGAAGUUUAUUCCCGCUCUAAUUAAUGCGUUGAUUAAUCCUGUCGAGGAGGUCCCCAAGACCAUCCAGCUCCUUUCGGCUACCACAUUCGUUUCUGAAGUUGAUGCUCCUACCCUUUCACUCAUGGUUCCCCUGCUUUCUCGUGGUCUCAACGAGCGUCCCACCGCCACCAAGCGCAAGGUCGCUGUUAUUAUUGACAACAUGUCCAAGCUCGUCGACAACGAGUACACUGUUCGCCCCUUCAUCCCCAAGUUGCUCCCCGGCCUCAUCAAGAUCUCCGAGCAAGUCGCCGAUCCCGAAGCUCGUGGCGUUGUCAAUAAGGCGAUUGCAACCGUUCGUCAAGUCGGCAAGCUCUCUGACACCGACGAUGGCUCCAACUUGCCUCCUGUCAAGGGCACCGACCCCGCUGCGUAUGCUGCCACGAUCUCGCUUCAAUACAAGAAGUCGGGUGCCAACCCCGUUCCCGAGGCCGCUCAUCCUGCCGUCCAGUACGCCGCUCGUCUGGCUGCCAACCUCAUCGCCGCUCGCAACUUUGACGUUCCCGCCUGGGAGUCCGCGCUCGUUCCUUACUUUGAGAUCGUCACCUCUUCGCCCGAGCCCGCCACUAUCGCCCGCGAGCUCCUGCUCCGCUCCGCCAACGAGGCUGAUGAUGCCGAAGGCGACAAUGACGACGAGGAGGAAGGUGAAGACCUUUGCAACUGCCAGUUCUCCCUUGCCUACGGUGCAAAGAUCUUGCUCAACACUGCCAACCUCCGCCUCAAGCGUGGCCACCGCUACGGUCUCUGUGGUCGCAACGGUUCCGGCAAGUCUACACUCAUGCGCGCCAUUACCAACGGCCAAGUCGAGGGUUUCCCUUCGCCCGACGAGGUCCGCACCUUCUACGUCGAGCACGAUAUCGACGGCUCGGACGAGGACACCUCUGUGCUCCAGUUCAUCUUGAACGACAAGCGCGUCCUCUGCGACAAGAAGGAGGUUAUUGAGACCCUCGAGUCGCUCGGCUUCAACGAUGAGCGCCAAGGCCACGCCAUCGGAUCUCUCUCUGGUGGUUGGAAGAUGAAGCUCGCUCUCGCUCGUGCCAUGCUCUUCAAGGCAGACAUCCUCUUGCUCGACGAACCCACCAACCACUUGGACGUUGUCAACAUUGCUUGGCUCGAGAACUAUCUUACUUCGCUCAAGACCUGCACUUCCAUCAUUGUCUCUCACGAUUCUGGCUUCUUGAACAACACCAUCACCGUCCUCCACCUCAACCGCUUCAAGAUCAAGCGCUACCGCGGCAACCUCGAGGCCUUUGUCAAGGCCGUCCCCGAGGCCAAGUCGUACUACACCCUCGAGGCCGCCGAGGACUACAAGUUCAAGCUCCCCGAUCCUCCUCUCCUGGAAGGUGUCAAGACCAAGGAAAAGUCGCUCCUCAAGAUGCGCAAGGUUGGCUUCCAGUACCCAUCCCAGCAGGUACAGCAGCUCUACGAUAUCACCCUCCAAGUCUCCCUCUCUUCUCGUGUCGCCGUCCUCGGGCCCAACGGUUCGGGCAAGUCUACCCUCGUCAAGCUGCUCAUCGGCGAUCUCGAGCCCAACAAGGGUGGUGAGGUCUGGAAGCAUCCUAAUCUGACCCCUCUCGAGUACAUGUUGUGGCGUUACCAGACCGGUGAAGAUAUGGAGGAGAUGAACAAGAUCACCCGCCAGAUCACCGAGGAAGAGGAGAAGAAGAUGAAGGAGGGCGGUAAGCUCAAGCAGAGCUACGAGUACGAGAUCUCGUUCAAGAACAUGUCCUCGACCGAGAAUAUCUGGAUGCCUCGUGAUGAGCUCAUUCAACGUGGCUUCGAGAAGAAAGUCCUCGAGCUUGACACUCGCGAGGCCCAACGCCUUGGUCUCCUCCGCCCCCUUGUCCGUCGCGAGAUCGAGAAGCACUUUGCCGACUUUGGUCUCGAGUCCGAGUUCGUCACCCACAACACCAUGCGUGGUCUCUCUGGUGGCCAAAAGGUCAAGAUUGUCCUCGGUGCUGCCACCUGGCGCCGCCCCCACGUCAUCUGCCUCGACGAGCCGACCAACUACCUCGAUCGUGAGUCGCUCGCUGCGCUUAUCGAGGCCCUCAAGGUCUUCGAAGGAGGUGUCCUCGUCAUCACCCACAACCGCGACUUCUCCGAGUCCCUCUGCAAGGAAGUCUGGGCGAUGCGUGAUGGACGUCUCGAGGCCUCUGGUCACAACUGGGUCGAGGGUCAAGGUUCUGGCCCACGCAUUGACAAGAAGGACGGCGAGGAGGAAGACCAAUACGAUGCCAUGGGCAACAAGAUCGACAAGGCCAAGGGCAAGAAGAAGUUGACAUCUAGCGAAGCGCGCAAGGCCAAGAAGGACCGCAUCGCAAGGCGCAAGAGGGGUGACGAGGUGUUCACUGACGAGGAGUAA